AAUAUUGUCUCCUAAAUAGUUUUUUCAUAUUAUAAGAACAUAUUAUAAGAACAAAUAGUUUUUUCGUAUUAUAAGAACAUUCUGAAGCAGGUUAGUAUAUUAUGUUGUGACACAAAACUAAGUUUUACCCUAACCGGUCGAUCAAUUUCCAUUAAUUUCUUAUCACUAAAUCAUAUUAUUUAAUGCUGUACGAAACGUUAUUAAUUUUUCUUAAAAAAAAUUUAUUUAGUAAAUUAUGAAUAUUCAAUCGACAUAAAUACGAAAGAUAUCGAAAAAAAUUUAUUUUCAAUUAUUAAAGUAAGUUUCGUUAUAAAAUCGGCGCAUUGAAAAGGAGGCAAACGUGUUGAUUAUAAAUCAGAGUAGUGGUGCAUAGAACUUAAUAUCAUAUUUUACUUAUGCAAAAUGUUUGAAUACGCAUUUUUCAUACGCCUUUGGUUAGUAGCUACCCCGGGAUUAGCUUUCGAAUGGUUGACAGCACCCGAAAUGUUCAAUAAUACCAUUGCCAGACUAUUUUACGAAGAAAGAGAAUAUAAAUCGCAUCACAUACUCAGUCUUAAGGUAGAAACUCUGCUGUACACAGCUAAUUUCCCAGAUAAACGGUGUACCUUCGAUUUAGUAAGCCGCCCGACUGCUACUGCAAUGAAUAUCACUUCAUUUAGGCAACCCAAUAAAAAUCUAAUUGUGCUUUCUUGGUACGACGAAAUGGCGAACGAUUAUUAUCAUCAAACCAAAAUUACAAUACUAAACAUGAAUAAUUGUACUAGAAUUGACCUUAAUGCCUUGAUCGAAAAUGCUAUUAUUGUUCCGUCAUAUGAUAGUUUGGACAUUUUUUUCCGUGACUCCAGAUAUCCUUGUGUAUUUAUAAAAGAUAAGAAUGAUACGUGCUCUAUUUAUCAAUGUUGGUACAGCUAUCCUUUAGAAAACAUUAGCAGUACCCCUACAACAAGCUUAACAAUGGGAUUUCUUGCUGAUCUUGAUUGGUCAAGCAUACGUAUCGAGCGAUUGCCAUCCAAGGAUUUUAUUGUUCGUGGAUUUGACGGUGGACUCUACAGAGUACUGAGGCAGAAUCGUUUUAGUGGCAAAUUAAAAGAACUGAUGUUACUACGAAGUCCUCAUCAGAAUUUGCAAAUGGCUUCCACAGGCUUGACUUUUUGCUGGAUCUACAAUUCUGGCAGUGACAACAAAAUGUAUUGUAAUCAGUUCAAUGAUAAAAAUGAGUUAGUUUACUCGACUGAAGCAUCGUUUGACGAACCUAUGAUAAUUAUGUACUUGCAAUCUGACUAUGAAGGACAGAUUAGUUGCGUAGUUGCUAAAGCUAAGUGCACAGAUAUUAGAGAUUGCUGGAUACAUAUACGGAGAAAUUUUUAUCGCGGAAGUAAUAAGUCCUCAGAACAUAAGGGUAUCAUUAAUUGUAAAUCACGAAAUAGGAAUCAUAAGGUGAUUUUCGGAUUUCCAAAAAAUACUACUGAAAUAAACGGAACAAUUAUCUGUACUCGGUCAGGGGAUGUAUUAGGUACUGAGUGAUAUUGUGAAAUCAUUUACAUUCUAUAUGAAGUUACACACAACUUCGGUCUAACAGUUUAAAAUCGCUGUUGCGUAUCUAAAUCAAAUAAAGAAAAACCUAGAAUUUUAUUAUUUUAUUAUUCCUUUUUUUAAAAAAUCAGUGCAUGUGAAACGUGAAACACAAUUUAAUUAACAAAUUGCGAUUUUAGAUUUAUUCAUUUUUAUAUUUGGAUUUGUGAAAAAUUUACGAAAUGACGAUAAGAAGGUUUUGUUCUGAAAAAU